CAGACAGGAGCCUUGCAGUUUGGCGAGUGCCGGUAUAUUGUUACUAUUAACAUAUGCUAGAUGUAUGAACCUGAUUGUGCCAAUUUUUAUUACUCCUGGUCAGUGGCGGUGAGGUAUCCCAGGGGGAGUCCCAGAUCAGAGCCACUUUAUUGACUGGGAGAAAGCUGCGAGGAGACCAUUCACCUUUCCUACCCAGUGUUGGUUUAUCUAGGUAAGAUGAGAAGGUGGACCCUGUUCUGUGUAUGAAGACUGUCAGAAUGAACCCCGCCAUGGGGCAUGACCCAAUGUCAUCAGAAUCCAGCCAUAUGCAACUUUUGAAUCAUGGAGCCAUUGACUUUUUGGAAGCACCCAUGAAUGCAGAUCAACCUUAUGGAAUGGACCAUCAUGGCUCCUACAUGGCACAAAGUGCUUAUGACCCCUAUGGUUACAGCCAGAAGACUAAUUAUAUGGUACACCAGGGUAUCAAAAGUCAAGUCUUCGACCCUCAGGGAAUGUAUGAGAUGCAGAGCCCUACAACAAUGUCAGACAUGAGUAUGUCCCCCUCUCCACCCCCGCCCCCCAGAGUUUACAAACCCUGUGUGGUGUGUAGCGACAAGUCUUCAGGGUAUCAUUAUGGUGUUAGCUCCUGUGAAGGAUGCAAGGGAUUCUUUAGAAGGAGUGUUCAGAAAAACAUGCAAUACACUUGCCACAAGGAUAAGAAUUGUCCUAUUAACAAAGUGACCAGAAAUCGCUGCCAGUAUUGUCGUCUUCAGAAGUGUUAUGCAAGUGGGAUGUCUAAAGAAGGUAUCUUAAACAAUGCGGUGAGAAAUGACAGGAAUAAAAAGAAAAAGCCUAAGUUAGAAAAUCCCUCCUCCAAUGCUGAGGAGAUUACAGAAGAUGAACAGAGUGUAUUACAAGACAUUCUAGAGGCCCACAAAGUGACAUUUCCCCAGAUAGAGGAGGCAGUGUUGUCCCCCAUGUCCUGUCACGACUCAAGGAGUGAUAUCGAAAACGAUGAGGCAUCAAAAGAAAAUACACAAAAUCAAAAGAAAGAAAAAUCAAUGUUAUGGGACAAAGUGACAGAACUUUCAUCAAAAGGAAUUAUUAAAAUAGUGGAAUUUGCCAAGAAAAUGCCAGGAUUUACCUCCCUUUCUACCUCAGAUCAAAUCACUCUCCUAAAGGCAGCUUGUUUAGAAAUCAUGAUUUUACGAUUGUGUUCACGCUAUGAUUUAGACAAAGAUGUGAUGUUAUUCAAUGGGGGACUGAGUCUAGAUCGAGAACAGCUACAGAGAGGGGGCUUCGGCUCUCUAACAGACACUAUAUUUAAAUUUGCCUCCUCUCUGAAAGUGUUGGACAUUGACGAGACAGAGUAUGCUGUGCUAUCUGCCAUUUGCCUGAUAUCUGGAGACCGCUCAGGACUAGAAGAUCCAGAGAAAGUAGAACAGAUGCAGGAACCAAUACUGGAGGCAUUGAAACAUUAUGUGAGGUCUCGGCGAAAAGACCUGCCUAAUGUGUUUGCUAAAAUUCUUUAUAAAGUUACAGAUUUACGAAGUAUAAGUGUCAAAGGAGCUGAGCGGGUUCUUCACUUGCGGUUGGAAAUGCCAGAUGAGCUUCCACCGUUAAUCAUAGAAAUGUUGGACAGACAGGAAAAUGUGUGUAUUCCUUGAUCGGAAUGUGACAGAUAGGCAGUUAAUAUAAUACUCCAUGUACAGUUUGCAUCAACACAGAACGAAGUUAAGAUCUGAUUCCACACCUGUGAAAAUGUUUUCAAACCAGUGAUAGCAAAACAAAAAACAAAACAACACAAAGCUGUUCUUUUUUUUGUGUGUGCAGACAGAACCUGGUCUGUGAUCCAACGACUUGGCUGUGGGUGAUUUCUGGUACAUAUGGAGGCAUCUUUGUGAUGAACCUCAGUGUUAUUUAUUCUUUGUAUGAUUGUCACGGACUUCUAGCACACAUACUAAGACUGUGUGUGACCAAAUGGAGACUGUUGCAAGUCUUUAAUGAUAUCGUGGAUGGUAAUACGAUAGUGUGUGUAUAACUAAAUAUGGAUAUGCGUGAAUAAUAUAAUUGCUGCUGUUUUCUCUCUGCUUUUAUCAGACUACAAACUUUUUUUUUGAUUGGAAAAAAAAAUGAUCUCAUUCAAAAUUUCUAUAUAUGUGUCAUAAGUCCUUACUGAUUUUCAUGUUUCAUUCUGGGGUUUUUUUGGUGUGUUGUAAUGAGGUAUUUUUCAGUUGACAGUUUACUAUUAGUGCAUAAGAAAUUCUGUGUUUUGGGCUAAAUUAUACAUAAUACCUGUACUUACCCUUUUUCUUUAUAACAUCCAUAUUUUUUUUUUAAAUUUCAAACAAGCACACAUCCUCAAAAUUUCUAGAUGCGUUGUAAUUAAUGUCUGACUUAGAAGAAGUUUAGAUCAAAAGAAGUUACUUAAUUUUUGAAAUACACAGGUAUCCAUGAAUUUUAUGAGAAUUUGGAACCAAGGAAAGGAACUGAUUUUGCAAAAUAUUUUCAUGGGAUUCAAAAAGGUAACCAUGUUUAAUUUUCAACAUUUGAUAAAUCGUUUUCAUUUCUUUCAUAGAAAAUGUUUGAAGGUGAGAUUAUGGAUAAUUGUUGGAAUUUAAUUUUAAGUAUUAGAAAUUUUAAGUAUUAAAGUGUACUGAUUUUAUUUAACUGAAAUAUUUUUUUGUAAUGAAUGAGGGCAUAAAACGUGUAGAAAGGUUAUUAGGAAGACAAGUUGUGAUAUUAUUCAAAGUUUGCUCAAUUUUGUCUUACCAAUUCUCUACCUCCUUUUUGACAAAUAUCUCCUUUUUGUUAUCUGUGUAGUAGUAUUCCAAAGUUUUAUUGCUGUGAAGACAGUGUCCUCAUUGAAGCUGCAGUGUUGGGUUAUUGAAUACACUGCUGAACAGAAUGUUAACAAGAUAGCCUGUGAUUUUUGAAUGAUGCAGGAUGAGUGCUCCAUUCUGAAAGUGACUGCAAGUUUUACAUAAUAUUGGCAAUUUAAGGGUAAUUUUGUUCAUUUGCUUAGUUGCAGAAAAUGCAAUUACAUAAUUUUAAUAUUUGGACAAGUGUUUGGUUUUUUUUUUCAUUAUUUUUCCCCUGUUUUUGUAGAAUGCUAAAUUUUUUUAAAAGUAUCUGAAUGGCAAAAUUUGUCUAUAGAGCUAAAAUAGCCAAAAUUUAAAAGAUUUUGUCAAUGUGAACAUUGAUGCUUCAUCUUAGCUUACAAACGAGAACUUUUGAAGUCCUGGAGUUUAGUUGAAAUCAUCUUUUUGCAGCAUGCAUCCUUCAUGUUCUUAUUUAAUUCUGUAAUUUUAAUAAAAGUUAACUUGAACAAAGCUUAAACUUCAUUAGAAUCAGAGCUUUGCUCUACAAUAAUACUCUGUCAAAGUUCUCCGGUGAAAUCUCUAUUGUUAUAUUCCAGUAUAAUAUUUCAUUCAUCUUCAAGCUGAAAAUAUCACAUGGUUUGAUUUUAAAAUUAAUGAUUCAUAUGAGUUGAGUUAAUCUAAUGAUAGUUAAAUUUGAAUAAUUAAUAUAAUUAAGAUAAUAACCAUAAGAUUCUUCAUUGAAGGGCUCUAUCAUCAUAAAAUAUGUUCAUUUUAGUGUGCUUAGUGAAGUGAAGGGGAUGGUUGUGUUUAAUAUGAAUUGUAAUUGAUGAAUGAAAGAUAAUGUGACAGUUUAUGUUAAAAUUGUUCUAUAUGUAUAUAUAUAUAUAUAUAUCAGUCCCAAAAAUGUAAACUAAGUGUGGUAGUUUUAAAUGCAUCAGAGUCUUUGUAAAUGUAUGUCAAGAUCUUUAUAUUCUUUUGAACUGGUUUCAAGUAUUUUUUUAUUUACUAAAUCAAAUAAAAGAUAAAAACAAAUUAAUUGUUAAAAACUUAGCCACCAUACUGUUAUAAACACUUGAAAUGCAUUUUGUAGAAACAUGCUUUCUUUUGGUGCCAUUUUUGUAUGUUAUAAAUUUUGUAAUACCGGUCGCCUCAGAUUUGGAGUCAGGUUAAAUUGAUUGAUCAUAUUUACAUUUCAUGCAUUCUGAAAUCAAAGGAUUUUUGGAGUGAUUUAUAGAGUCACCUUAUUAGUAUGGUGGUUUUGAAUGAAAUUUACGAAAAGCUUCAGCAUAAAGUGAAACACACCAAAUGUUUCAGUAAUUGAUGAUCUUAUUUCUUAUAGAAAUGAUACUGAAUAUAAAAUUCUCAGUAAUUAAAACUAGGUAUAGAAGUACUUGAACAUUACUCCCUUUUACCACAUGUAGUAUGUUACGAAUUCAUCGAGUGUCUGCUGUGAAUGUUUAGAUUUGUUCUUGUACGAUAAACUACCUCAUCAGAAAAAAUAUUAAACAUUGAUUGUGAAA